AUGGAAGAUACAUGUAUGUCACAUGUUUGUCUUUUAUUUUAUUCCCUCCAACUAGAAAGAAAUGUCUCUUUCCAUUUCUCUUUUACCAUUCCUUUGACUUUUAUUACAAUUUACCCUUUCUCUUUAUUCUUCUUUCUUUCUUUCUUUCUUUCUUCUUCUUCUUCUUUCUCUACCUUUCUUUUUCUUUUUUUUUCUUAUUCUUUGUCAUUCUUUUCUUGUUUUUGUUCUUCUUGUUCAUUUUCUUUCUUUCUUUUUCGUCUUUUUCUUUCUUCUUUUUCUUUCUCUGCCUUUCUUUUUCUUCUUUUUCUUUGUCAUUCCUUUCUUGUUUUUGUUCUUCUUGUUUUCAUUUUCUUUCUUUCUUUCUUUCUUCUUAUUCGUCUUUGUCUUUCUUUCUUCUUUUUCUUUUUCUUUUUCUUCCUUUUUCUUUGUCAUUCUUUUAUUGUUUUUGUUCUUCUUGUUUCAUUUCUUUCUUUCUUUUCUUUCUUUGUCUUUUUCGAUAUAAAUUUUACUCUUUCGUUUCUUUCAGUGUCUUCCGAUUAA